AUGAUUGUGCGGACAAGCGCACAUGCAAUUCUGGCAGUUGCAGCCAUUUUUGGCAGCUUCCUCGUGAUUAGAGCCUUUCAAAAAUUCGAAAAUCUUCGAAAGGCGCCCAACAUAAUCCUUGUGAGUUUGUCUGUCGCUGACUGCCUACUGACCAUUCCGUUCAUUUUGGACAUCAUGCACAUGUUUCUGAAACUAAGUUUUAGUGUGAAACAGAGUCAACAAGCUUUGUGUAUAUGGAGCGCAAGUUAUUGGAAGGAAGAAUAAAGCCAAUAGUAAGAAGUGCUGGCGUUAAUCAGCAUGGAGCGUUUCAUUGCCGUAAAAUUCGCUUUGAGAUACCAUAUCAUAGUGACCAAUCGCCGGGCAGCGAUCGCUUCCAUGACGAUGUGGCUGUGGACUGCACUCGUUAUGGUUGUUUUGCCACACACUCUUAAGGCCAAUAGCAGGAGCGACUUUGAACGAUUUCGCCAAGCGAUUCAUCCAUGUCUUAGUACUCGAGAAGCAUGGCCAGACCGGGAUCUGCCAUUGCAAACUAAAGUGUACCUCAUCUUCGUAGUGAUAUCUCUGUUAGUCAUCCCAUUGUUAAUAAUCCUAUCUUCGUACUCCUACAUCUUUAUAGUGUCCCACAAGCACAGACGACACAUCGCAGGGCGGGGUAACUUCCCAGGAAUGACCACCAUCAGGCAUCAACUAAAAGGCGCCCUAACCCUCGCCUUCGUGGUAUCAGUAUGCCUACUCAGCAUCACCCCUUUGCUAGUCGUGACAUGUCUGCGAUUUUUCAGGAAGCUUCCCGACUGUCGUCAUUCAAGACCGAAGCAUCUAAAUUUCAUCGCCUACGUUGUUGCAACUGGUUUAAACGCCAUUUGCAAUCCUCUUAUAUACGGAUGGAGAAGUCGAAGAUUUAGGAGUGCCUUUCGCAAACUCCUGGGGUGCGAUCAGCAACCCGGUUAA